UCGGUGUAAUUGUUAAGGAUUGCUUCCUCUAUGACUUUGAAUGGGAAAAUUGGAUCCGGGGAGAAAACAAUGAGGGCUUGUUUGGUGCUAGAGAAAUAGGUCUGGACAUGGCAUCAGAACUCUGUAAUUCCACCGUGUCAAACGACUCCACCUGCAUUAGAAGAGUGAUCCGAGGAAGGGGUAUUGCACAGACUAAUUUCCCAAUAAAUAAAUGCCUUUGCGACAGACCUCGGUCGCACGUACUCUGCAGGGUUUGUGGAUUCUUGACCUGGGGUAGGAUUCGCUAUGCCUGCCCUUUACAUCCACUGACACUGUUUUUGAGUGAUUUGACACAAUGCCCGUGCUGUCGUGCCUACGAGUUCAUGCUGUCAGAGUUCAAUGCAUAGCAUUAUUAAAAAGGCUAUAAUAUAUUUUUAUACUUUUUUAAUUAUAAUUAUAAUAUAAGAUGUUUAGUGUGACUACAAAGUGAUUGGAGUAAUAUUUUAAGGCAGGUAAACGAUCAAAAUAAUUUCCAAUGACAUUGAUGUAAGUUUUUUCAUGAGUUAGAUCAAAGCAAGAAAUUUGCUUAACAAGACGAAAUCUUUUAUUUGCAUAAAAUCUGUUUUUCAAGAAAUAACAUUUCAUUUCUUAAUUUAGCUGCCAUUUAAAGUAUUAUUUCUAAGAAGACAUAAUGUUAACAUGAAUGUCAAAAAUUGUUUCACCAAUGUAAGGCUAUGUGCAAAGUCAGUUAAGUUUCAAAUAUGUAUUAGAAGAGUCAAAGUAUGGAUCGAGAUUCAAUACCUAAGAGAAUCAGAUAACGUAAUGUUUUGUUUCAAAUAUAUAUUAAUGGAGACACAGUCAAGAAUGCUACAUACCAGUAAUUUGUAUCUCAAAUUACAUGUUAGCAACGAUACUUGCAGCUGUGCAAAGUUCUGUGGAGCAGGAAUAUAAGACUAUGUAUACGCAUUAGCAUUGCGUAAAACUUACAUGUAAUAUAAAUAUAAGAUAAAAUCAAUAUAUGUGUAAUAAUAGCAACACUUGGUUGUGAAUAAUACAUGUUUAUUUUCUCAUUUACAAUUAA